AUGAAUACUUGCACUAUUAUUCUGAACUCCAUUCAAGUUCCUUCUCCUUUGUUGAUUAAGUCUUUUAGAACAGUUCCAUUGUCUAAAUGCUACUGCAGGAGCUCAGAUGAGAGGGGAAGUGACGAUGUGAAGGACGCACUAUAUGGGUUGGUAGACGAACAAGUUCAAGAGCUAUUGAGCAGAAAAGAGAACAAGGUUUUGCUAGAUGGUUUAGAGAAGGCGUCGCAGAGGGUUGAGAUGGCUAAGAGAGAACUUGAAUUGAUCCAAAAACAAGAAAUAGCUGUCAAGCAGUUGAAGGAUUACGUCAACCAGCUCGAGGGCGAAGUUUUCGAGAUUGCAGAAUGCCAAAGAGACAUAUCAGAGGCAAAAACCCUGGUGGAGGAAGCAGAACGCUCUCUAUUAGAAAAUGUGGGAGGUCCUGAAGGUGGCGGUACAUCCAUGGAGAUGAAAAGUGAAGGAAUUGAUGGAGAUGCAGAGAGAUUGGAGUCAGUAAAAGCAGCAUCACUUUCUGCCCUUGUUGGUACGGUUUCAGGUCUUCCCAUAUACUUCACUCAGGUCACUCACACAAAUCAGCUACUUCUCCCUUUAGCAAUCAACUUCAUUUGUUGUGCAUUGUUUGGAGUGACUUUUCGGUACACUGUAAGGAGAAACUUGGAUGAUGUUCAGCUUAAGGCCGGGGUAGCAGCAGCUUUUGGUGUUGUUAAAGGUCUCGGAACCCUUGGUGGUGGACCCCUCCUUGAGCCAAACUUUCAAAGCUUCUUAUCACAUGCCCAGGACGGGACAAUUAAUGUGUGUGAGAAUCUUUUAAUUUUUGUUUCUGUUGCUGUUGCUUUAGAUUACUGUUUCAAGACAAGGAUUUUGAGCACUUUUCCAAUUGAUUGA